AAAAGGCUAUUAAUAAGCAUUCUAGAAGAUUCUACAAAUGAUAACGCAGUUCCCGCCAAUUUAAACUCAGAUAUUCCAAGCCCUCUAACGAGGUUCCGCCCCACGGGCGAACUUUAAUCAAAUCUUUUGAUUUUUCGUAGAGGGCUUGGUUACCAAGCUAAUGGCCUGGGUCCUUCCAGUGAGAAAUAUGUUUAUACAGUGCUGGGCACAAAUGGUCCGCCAUAACUUGACUCUUGGCUUUAUCAGUUCCCAUAACACUUCUUUUGGAAUUCAACGAGGUCGAGAAGGAGGCAUGGUGACCAUCUCGCCACUUGAUCAAGCUAAAGAGCCAGGAUAUAUCCUCAGGUUAUCUCAAAUGGUAUUAAAGGCUUACCAGGAUGCAGCCGAACGUGCUGAAUGUCAUCAUUCGGAUGGUGUUCCAAACUGGCAAGACCCAUAUCUGGAGGAUGAAUUCCCUGCCGUGAGGGACUCUCCGGAUCCUUCAGAUACAGUACACCUAGAGGAGGGCUCAGGGAAGACUUGCGACAACUCAAGGGAGCUCUCUCCUAAAUCGGAUGACCCUAUCCUUUUAACAAAUGAGACAAAGUUUGGUAAUAAUGAUACAGAAGAUGAAAGCAACUCGGAAAAGUCUAAGGGUAGACAGAAGAAGAACCCUAAACGGAAAGGUGACGAUAGUCCUGGAUUUAACUACGAUCAUAGGCGGGAUGGUGGCAGUGGCGGAGCUGGAGCUGGGGGCAAUGGUGCUAGUUCAUCAAGUGGUUAUGAGAAGUCUUACGGUGGAAGUACACAAUUGAGCAGUGUAAAGAGGUCCGAGGGCUCUUCUUCCCAAAGUGGCUCGAACAAACGUGCUCGCAACCAUCCUGCCUUUUGUAUCCAAGCAAAGGGUCUACAUUUGGCUUUUGAUUGUCCCAAAGAAGUGUUGAAGUCGGAUGGUGGCUUCAGUCAUUUUGAUCUGGCAACUGAUAGCAAUAUGUCUGUUCCAUUCCCUUCGGAUCAUGCUGGAAAGGUGCCUUCGAGUCCUCCGACUGUAGACAUUUCUGCAAGGGCUCGUACAUCCUCAUCUGUCUCUACUUCAUCCGGCUCCACAACUGAGAGCCUGAGCACAUUGGGGACUGGAAGCUCUCUUCCAACCACCCCAUCUAAUCCUACUUUCGGAAUCUCUCCCCAGUCGAGUCCUAACUACAAAGUCACUCAAAAUAGACACUCUAUUUCUCCAUCUUCCAUCCUGGUGCCUCUCGAAGAUCAGGUUGAGGCUGCUCCAGAUGAUACCAUUGCCGAGGAAAGUCUUACAACGGUUACAAACAUUGGGAUUAUUCUCAAUCACAAGAUUCGCAAGUCAUCCGUUGGGAUUGUUUGGGGUGGAAGGAUGUAUCUUGAAGAGUUGAAGGUGUCUCAGGAAUCUACACCAGUAGUAAUCAAACUAGCUGACUGGGAACGGGAGCCGGAAGCGGGGAGCUCUGUGAGCGAGCAUGGUAAAAUUAUUCAAGAGGAGGCCAAAUUCUACCAUCAUAUUACUCAUAAUGCCUCCGCUUCUGAUAUAACACCCCGAUUUUAUGGUGUUUUCAACUACUCGGGUGCCAUCGCACUUGUCCUCAAUCAUGGCGGAGAAAGGCUCAAGAGUUUUGACGAUCUGAACAAAGAGAGAAAAUACACUCUCUUCAAAAAGGUCAUAGAAUUACAUUCACUUGGGAUUCAGCAUGGGGACCUAUUCCCUCGUAAUAUCCUUAUGGACAAUGAAAAAGUUCUGCGCAUUGUCGACUUCCAUCGUUCUACGUGGAAACAUAUUUGCCCUGGGCACAAAAACUGUGUUGAAUUGACAAAAUUGCGUGAGGCUUUGGGGCUCCCAUUGGAAGAACAAUAAAUUUUUCAACUUUUCUGCAUUGUAUUGCAUAGGUACUACUAUUGAUGUAUCACGAUUAACGAUGAUGACAAUGACUUUCUAUAGAAGUUAAUAUAUCCAGUUGAUGAUGCCGUCGAAACUGGAGGCCUCGGGAGGCAUUGCAAGUCCUCAUUGAUAGCAGAAUCAUUCAGACCUAGUGAACGGCACGC